UUACAAAUGCGCACUUGCCGUGCCGCCGUGUUAUCAAAACAGUGAUCAAAACAAACAUAUUUAUUUUUAUUCUAUUCGCGGGGUACCAUCCGCUCGUCACUCAUAGUUUGUGUGUCUGGUCGGUCGUGCGCAGUUUGUUUCGAUAAUCAAUUAAAAAGGAAGUUGCAGGACAGAUGAUUUCGCCAUCCGCACUGGUGAAGCGAGUGGGCGUGGGGGGUCGUUUGGUGCCGUUCUUCAAGUGCGUGUGUGUGUACUUCCUGGCGAUGGGGGGUGGCUGGGACCCCUCGCCCACGGCGGUAGCUGCGAAGUGCGCGCCCAUCUUGUGCCUGCUGCUCGUUGUCAUAUUGCACCAAGGCUCGUUGGGCUAUGAAAAGGGGUGGUAUGCGCGCCGCAUCGCCGCGGGUCUCAUUCUCUCCGCUCUGGGCGACGCGCUGCUAGUCUGGCCGCAGCAUUUCAUAGCAGGCAUGGCGGCGUUCGCCGGCGCCCACGUCGCAUACAUCGCCGCCUUCGGCUUCUACCCACUAAAACCACUUCUGGCACCAAUAUGUUAUGUGGCAUGUGCUUACUACAUGACCCUUUUGUCGCCACCUGAGGGAUUGAAAGUCCUUGUGCCGGUGUACGGGAUGCUGUUGACGACGAUGGCGUGGCGAGGAGUGGCGCGGGGAAGGGCGGCGGCGGCUGGUGCUCUAUUGUUCCUUAUAUCUGAUGCUAUAUUGGGUUAUAGCCUGUUUGGAGGACCCCUGCAGUAUAGACAGGUGCUAGUGAUGUCGACGUACUAUCUAGGUCAGCUAGGAAUAGCGUUGAGUGCCCUAGAACCGGCGCAGGUCGCCGUCCCGUGAAACACCAACAUGCAUCUUGGAUAUUUCCAGCAACGUCUUCCGGCGAGGAAGUGAGCCAGUUCCAAUGAUCUUUACUCUCCACCAAAUUAGGGCAGAUAUGGGGAAUACAUCGUUAGUUUGAACCUUACGUGAAUAGUUUUAGAAAAUAUUUUUAAGUGGGUCGUAAAUAGAGUGGUGUUAGAUCGGAAUUGCGGGUUAUAUACUUUUACUUCCUGGAAGGUGGAUACAGGAUAAUGACAAACUCGAUGUAUUACUCAAUUCUUAUUAGAUGUAUUAGGCGUAUGUACUAUUUAAAUUUAAGGAUAUUAAUGUAUCGUUGAUUUAGUUUUAAUAUUUAAUCAAUAUUCAACUAGGAAAACUUAUUUAACUCGUAAAUGGAUGCGAAUCCAGAUAUCAGUAGCAUUGUAUAUUUCUGCGGUCAGUAGCAGAGCGCGUUGUGUUCCGAUGCGAAGGACAUGGUAGUCAUUACUCAUUUAGUAUUAUGAGAAUCAUUUUCAUUCUCAAAAUGACCAGCGCAUUGCAGUGCUUGCUAUUCAAUGAAAUUGGAAUGACUUAUUCAGAAGAAUACUAUCAGGUUAGCUUGAUGGCCAUCAAGCGAGCAACUUUACGAUUUUUAAUCAGCUUUACGUAGAAAUAGACAAUCGUACACUAUUAUCAAGCAUUCAUAAUAUCAAAACUAAAUCAACGAUGCAACCUUUAUAAUUCUUCCUUAUUUAACUAUUGUAUCUGUGGUAUCAGUAGGACAUAGUCAGGAUAUUUUGUUAAUUAGUGUUGUAGAUAUAGUGUUUAUAUUUUAUAUGAGUAUUUAGCACCUGGAGUGCGGAGUGCGGACGCACAAACGUCCUCCGGGCGUCCUCUCUGUGAUAUGACUGACUGUCUUGGUUUACUGUAUGACUGAAGAAUGAGGGCGGAAGAAUGGACUGUGUGGCUUGCGCGGCGGAUCGUAAAACAAAAGCUAAAAUCUGUAAAGGCAACUUCAACUAACACUGCGAUUUAGAAUUAUUAUAGAUUUUAUUUAUUAGCUUUUUUGUCUGAUCAAUUCCAAUAAAAUAAAGCCCUACGCAAUGGACUAUUUAGAACAAAUAGUUAUUUAAUCUUCAGCUUUGGUCUAACACGCAUAAGUUGGCGUUAGGACUCAUAUUUUCUCGACCAACAAAAGCCAAAUAAUCGGAUCUGUUUUUAUUGUAUAUUAAUUUGAAUAAAUUGCUUAGGCCGCUCAAUUAGAAAUUCUUAUAGCCAAAGAUUACAUAAACGCGAAGUUACUUGCGAUAAAUUGGAGAUUGACAGCCUCCACGGCAUAACGGGUGAUGAGCUGCUGUGAAACGUACGCAGGUUCGAUUCUCGCAAUAAAUAUUUGUGUUUCUGCAAAUAUUUGUUUUGGGUUUGGGUUUACCGAAGCUGCUGUCAUCCAUGAGAUAUUUGUUUCAUUGGGAGUAAGAUUAUGUGUGACUAUCGGAUGGUAUUUUAACACUAUUACAUAACCAUCUUAUUAGAAGUGAUUUGAUACUUAUUCAAUACUAUUGCAGUUAAAUGAUACAUCUUCAAAGAAUGUAAUGUCUACGCUCAGUAAUGUUUAGAGUAAUGACUAAUUAUAUUUAGCGAACAAUCCAUUGCGAUUUCUCGAAGGUCUUAUUACUCAAACCAACAAAAAUAUAAAAUCAUGAUAGGUAUAAAGCUACCCUCCUUUCAUGCACCACAAUUAUCUCUGCACCACCCUAAGGUUGACUGGACCUGUAUACUUUUGUAUAUGAAGUGCUAAAUAAAUAAAAUAAAACAAAGAUUCACGAAAACACGUGAAUAUUGAGAUCAAAAUCAUGCUCUCUAACCGCCAUUUCGAUAAACGAUCCUGAUCGCUUUUUUCAAUCUAUCUCACAAACGGACCAAUCAGAAGGAAGCUUUUUUGACAUGCGUACAAAUUACGUAUUUUGAUUUAUUCAUUCUUAGAAUCGGUUUAAAAUUUGAAAUUGGUAUUGUAUAUUGAAAACGGCUGUAAAUCUACGCCGCUUUAGGUAAUUAAAGGGUCCGAUACCUUAUUGAAUAAAACUGUGAUUACUUAUUUUGUAACUGACUGACGUAUCAUGAUCAUCAAUAGCUACCUCUAUGUGAUACUAUAUUACAUCCAGUAAGGCAGAUAUAAUUUUGCCGACUUCAAUAAUAUAAAAUAAUCAGUCCUGUAUUAUAAUGCCAUCGCUGGACACUGGCUUCCUCGACUACUGGGAGGGAUGAGGCCUUAGUCUACGCUGGCCUUUUACAGAUUGGCAGAUUUCAUAUACCCUCUAAAUUUUUAUAGAGAACCCAGGUAUAGAGGUUGCCUCGCGAUGAUAUCCUCUCACCGUUAAAGUAAGCGCGACACAAAGAAUAGUUAUACAACUUUAGAAAAACCAUAGGUGCGUGCCCUUGGGUUUUAAACCUGCGGACAUUCGUCUCGACAGUCCGUUCCACUUCCAACUAAACUACCGCCGCUUGGCGACUUGACCAACGCAAUAUUUAUUGACGAACUAAAAUACAAAAUGCGUACAAUAGUUACUUUGCGGAGAAGAUACUAGUAGAUAAAGAACUAAACACUAGAAACGAUUUGCCUGAUGAAGGUAUUUCAAGUUAGUUUCACAUGAAAACUAGUUUAAGUAAAACAACGGCUAUUACAGUAUCGGGAAAUUUCUAGAAUGUACUGCGAUAAUAUAUUAGUCAAAAUGACUUGAAGGUUAUGUAUUGUUUGUGCCAAAAAAGGUGGAAACAUUACAAGCGGAGUUUAUUAACGUGUGAAAAAUGACGAUGAAUACACACCUACCGUAAACGAUAACAAAGGACAUAGUAUGAAAAUGUGUGAUAAAUAAUAAGAUAGCUGAGCUGUGAUUGUGAGGCUAAAUUAUGCAGUGAUUUUAAUAAACCAUCUCAAUCUAAAUCUUCGAUCCGAUCCCGAAACCGAUCAAAAUAAGUCAUUUGUAAACUUGUCAAGCAAACUCUUUGGUUGGUCCAUUUUCGGGAUCAAACGAAGAAGCGAUUGGAACAAUUUAUUAGAUAAAAUUACUUGAAUAGGAUACAGUUGGAUAAGAAUGUAUGAAAAUAAAAAGUAACUUUUCUUUUAAUGCGCGUAGAAUAUGUCUAUAUAUAUUUUUAUAUUAGUAUUACUAAAAUCCCGAUGUCAGCUAAGGUUUGGCUCCAUAGACUAAUGUGCAAGACCUAGACGGUUAAAAGACAACCAGUAACGCAAAUUACAUUAGUGCAUAUUGCAUCAUUUUUUAUUUACAGUCUGCGCGUCGUUAUAAUAAAGGUAUUUCGCACUUUCGGCAACCAACCGUACCAACAUUGACAACAUAAUAUGGACAAAUCAUUGCAUUGACUUAUUACGCAUCAAUUUAUAAAAUUCCUCGGAGCUCGUGUGCGGACUGCAUUAAUGAAAUGCUUAGUGGUGGUCUAAGAGCUUCUCAUAUUAUGUAGUGAAAAUCCAGUUGCGCCUUCUAAUAUAACAAACUAUCUUUAUUAUCAACCGAAUAAUACUUUCAUCAGUGUGACAUGAGCCAUAACUACACCAUGAAUGACCACGCGGACUUAUAUUUCAUAAAAUACACUAAUUCAAAUAAAUUGCAAGAUUUGAGAGGAACGGCCGUCGACCCAUAACCAUUAUGAUUUAGUAUGGAACUUGAAACAUUCAAAUUAGGCUACAUUAAUGUACAGUUCAUUCCUAUAUUUACGUCCUAGGCAGUAAUCACAAGUGUCUCGUCCCUUCAUCGGGGGAGGACAUUAACUGCCCUUUACAUCGAUCCUAAAAUUAAACCAAUAAAAAUAAGAUGACACGUGAGCGGUGACAUCAAACUCCUUUUUAUUUAACCACCAUUUUCAAUAAUCGAUUCCAAUCGCUUUUUUAAAUCUAUCUCAAAAAUGGUCCAAUCAGAACAAAGUUCUUUUUGACAUGCUUACAAAAGAGUUUGAUUGGUUCAUUCUCAGAAUCGGAUUGAAAAUUGAGGUUGAGAUCAUUUAUUGAUACGGCUGUAAAUCGCGAUCAAUAUAAAGAUUUAUAUCAAGAUCGUUGAUUCGUUUUUUCCGUAAGUCAAAGUAAAUAAUAUAUAAUAUCUAUAAGACCCAAAUAAAAUUCCUAAAACCUCAACGUGUGCAAGUAUACUUGUUUAUGUCACUGAUCGACCUUGUAAUCAAAUUAACCUCAUAAAUUGAUAAUACAUUGCAGUGAAGUACAAAGUGCUUUAAAUAACAUUUUGUAUGAAUCUCUCCUCAAAAGUUUGGAAUUACAUUUAGGAUAUUUUAGGCAUAAAAAUAUUUUAAUUGAAACAUAUGAAAUAGUUUUGCGUUAAAAAACGUAGAUAUUUUAAAAGGAAUUGUAAGUAUAAAACUAUGGAGACUUGAAAUACACGGCAAGAAACAAUGAUAGAUACCUACACUAACAUUUAGGAACAUAUAACAUUUAGGACUUCGAUUUGAGUGUCAAUCAAAUUGAUAAUUUAAUUCCUUUUUUUACUAUAGAAGUAUUGCUUCAGUAAAAGUAAACAAUUAUUUUUGGCUUAUAACAGAAUUCAUAGCAUUAGAUUUGGGUUAUCAUUGUACUGAGGAAUUGAAAAAAUAUGUCUUUUAAAUUAAGGUUUUUUCGAACAAAAAUACAUUUAAUAGAGUGACCAUGAACUGACAAUAUAAUUUUACUGCACGACGGAACUAGUUUUUAUCGCAACAAAAUGUCACGUCCACGUAUGCUUCAGAAAAAACGACAAAAUCAAGAUGGAUUUUCAAACAAAAAUCUUGUUUUCCUAUUUUAAAGUUAGCCGUAGUUUCUAAUCAUUGAAUGUAAUACAUAUCUCAAAUGCAUUCUAACUGGAAUAUUGUGAAGUUUUGUAUACAAUAGCAUUUUACUGUUCAAUCAGUUUACUAUGUGUUUCCUUAGUGUUAAGUGUAAACGCUUUGUAAAAGUAAUUAAGUGUAGUUAAAUGCAUAAGUUGGCAGACAAGUAUUGAGCACUUGGUAAGUUACUCGAGCGAACGAACCUUAAUUUCCGAGUCCUACUUACAUUUUCAGUUAUUUCUGCCACUCGCCAACUUAUGUCUGAUAUAGAAACUGUGUUAUAUGUGCUGUCACUUAUGUUGAGAUCGGAUAAAGGCGUCUUAUAUUGUGAUGUGUGUUCUAAUUAUAAAAUAUGUAAAUUUAAUUUAAAAAUCUACUGAAAUUACUCCUAGAGGUCAAAUAUCGAUAGAUAAAUUUAAACGCCCUCUAAGGGCAUACGCACACUGGUCUGAAAAUUAUAAAAUAUUCAAGUGUUGUAAGUAAUGAACAUACAAUCCGAUCUCUAUUGGUGUUAUUGUAACGCUACUCAGGGCAUACUGUACAGCUGUCACUGUCCUACUUUAUAUGAAGGUGGUAGGUCUACCAAUGAUUAUCCAUUAGGAAUGGUCUACGAAUGAUUAUCCACCGUAUAGAUAAAAUUUUACGAUUCACAAUCGAUUGUCGUAUGGUAUGCACUGAAUAGUCACAAACUCUGGUACUGUGUAGUGAACUUAGAUCGCUUCAACUUUUAGACGUGUAUACUGUUCUUUGUAACAUUCAUAUUUUAUUAUACGUUAUACUAAGACUAUACAUGUACUAUCUGUACUAUAUUAAAUGUACCAAAUCUGA